UUUGUCGCUUCUAAGUUUCUGCCAAUUUAAUCGUUACUUUUCCUUAAAGCAUCAAAGUUUCUUUUAUGUUAAGAAAAUAAAAUAUAAAUAUAUAUUCGAUAUAAAUGCUAACGGAUCUUUUUUUAACUGCGACUAAUCAAUGGUAACUUCGCUUACAAUUCUUUAAGUCUUCUUUUAUGUGAUUUACUGAUUUUAUUUUAUAUUCGUUUUGGUCUAUCAAAAUAAUUGUAAUCAUUAUCACUCGUUCAUCCUCAUUUCUUUAUUUCCAUUAUCAACUCCAAUUGUAAUAUCAGAUUACUAAUAUGCAUAAAAAAUAUAUUCCAUGGAAAUAGUUUGUUGCAAUUACAGAUUGUUAUUGACACAAAGCGUUCAAUAAAUUGGUUUAAUAAUUUAAAAUUACUGCACAGAUUGCAAUUCGUUUUUUUUGCAUUUUAGUUUGGACACGUCAUGAGCUGGUUAUGGUUGUGUUGGCUGCUUGGCGUCGGACACUUCUUCGAACUCAAUGCUGCUGACGGACAACGCAUUGUUGGUGGCCAGGAGACGACGAUUGGUCAGGUUCCCUACUUGGUGUACUUGCGUCAGAGUGGCAACUUUAUCUGCGGCGGAUCACUUCUCACGCCCAACUCCGUGCUGAGUGCAGCACAUUGUGUGCAUGGUGCUCAGGCCAAGGAUUACACUGCCCAUGCGGGUGCCAGUCGCCUGGACGAAGUUGCUCCCGUCGUGCGUAACGUGGCCGAGUUUCACAUCGCACCCGAUUACGCUCCGAGUAAUUUUGACAUGGAUGUGGCCAUACUGCAGUUGGCAUCGCCAGCUGCUCUCUCCGCUGGUCAAGUGGCCACCAUUUCCCUUUGUCGCACGCCUGCCGCCAAUAAUGCCUUUGUUCGCAUCAGCGGUUGGGGCGUCACUCGUGAAAAUGGUCGUGAUCCUGCGGUACAGGUGCGCACCACAACUGUCCGUGUGCUGCCCCAGCUGGAGUGUCAACUGGCCUAUGCUGGCCAGGCACAGCUCAGUGAUUCGAUGGUCUGUGCAGCCAUUCGCGGUAUUCGAGACUCCUGCUCGGGUGACUCGGGUGGUCCUUUGGUCUAUCGUGGCCAACUCUGCGGCAUUGUCUCGUGGGGAUUCGGUUGUGCGCGAGCUGCUUAUCCGGGUGUCUACACCAGCGUAGCGAGUCCUCGAGUCAAGAGUUUCAUUGAACAAACGCUCAGAAAGUUGCAGGGUUAAUGGCUGAAAAUUACAGCUCGGUUUUGUUUUCUAAAUCAUUCCACUUAUUCGUUUAUAGCUUAAUAACAUUUUGAAAUAUAUAUGUCAUCAAUGAUACAAUAUCUCA